CGACCACUACUUAAAGGACAUUUCUGGGACAUUUGCGGACAUAUUGUGGUGAUAAUCCUCGUGUCACGGUUGGAUCACUUUUAAUCACGUGAGAGGGCUGGAACAAUGACGUCCCGUCAGCUCGGUGUCUGCGGACCGGUCGAGUAAAGAAAAAAAAAAAAAUACAAACCGGAUGAACAAAAAAAAACCACAGUGUCUCGCGGUCACAUGUCGUGCAGCGGGCUCCUGAAUGAUUUAAAGCGUUUUACAUCAUCAGCCUCUCUCCCUCCCUCCCUCCCUGGCGCGCGGGCUCCCGGAGAUGCUGCUGCUGAUGCUGGUGACCGACUGCAGCAUCCGACAUGGGCAUCCUUUAAUCCGGCCGAGCCACAAGUACGGUCUCUCUCACCAUGUGGGGAAAAACUAAUGAGGCGUUCCACUAAACCAGGACGAGAUUAUCUAAAGGUGAAGACGACUCUACAUCAAAUCUUCUUCUGAAAUCUUCUUGGAUAAGGACUAACUCUUCUACUGUUCUUUCUCAAGAAAUAAAAAGUAACAAAACAGAAAAAGUAUCCAAGAGAGAUCCUUCAACACUUCUACGAGAAAUUCCCCCCUUUGACUUUGACUCUGACCUGUAGCCCUCAGUAUGACCAGCCUGGCGGGGAAGCUGGACCCACGGAGGGUACAAUGGGGCGCGGCGUGGAAGACCUUUACCUCCCGCGUCCUGAGGACCAAACCUGUGGAGUCCAUGUUGGAUUCAGCCGUGACGGGCACGAGCUCGCAUGGGACGAAGCUGGCCCGGGUGUUAUCCACGGUGGACCUGGUGUCUCUGGGUGUGGGCAGCUGUGUGGGGACAGGCAUGUACGUGGUGUCUGGGCUCGUUGCCAAGGAGAUGGCUGGUCCGGGGGUCAUUGUGUCCUUUAUAAUUGCCGCCGUGGCCUCCAUUCUGUCAGGAGUGUGUUAUGCAGAGUUUGGCGUGCGGGUGCCUAAGACCACAGGUUCGGCCUACACGUACAGCUACGUGACGGUGGGCGAGUGCGUGGCGUUCUUCAUCGGCUGGAACCUGAUCCUGGAGUAUCUGAUCGGCACGGCGGCCGGGGCGUCAGCUCUCAGCAGUAUGGCCGACUCGCUGGCCAAUCACAGCAUCAGCAACUUCAUGAUUACACACAUCGGGACGCUCCACGGCUUAGGUAAAGGGGAGCAGUCGUAUCCCGACCUGCUGGCUCUACUGAUAGCGCUGCUGGUGACGGUGAUAGUGGCACUAGGAGUGAAGAACUCAGUGGGCUUUAACAACGUGCUGAACGUCAUCAACCUCGUCGUGUGGGUGUUCAUGAUGAUCGCCGGGCUGUUCUUCGUCAACGGAGAGAACUGGGACGAGGGCAGAUUCCUGCCGUUUGGCUGGGGAGGGGUGAUGCAGGGAGCAGCCACCUGCUUCUAUGCCUUCAUUGGAUUUGACAUCAUUGCUACAACUGGAGAAGAGGCCAAGAGUCCCAACACCUCCAUCCCCUAUGCCAUCACUGCCUCGCUCAUCACCUGCCUCACUGCCUACGUCUCUGUUUCUGUGAUCCUGACCCUGAUGGUACCGUACAAUGAGAUUGACGCUGACGCCCCACUCAUGGAGAUGUUUGCCAUGCAUGGCUGUAUGUUUGCCAAGUAUAUCGUGGCAGUUGGCUCCAUUGCUGGACUCACUGUGUCCCUCCUGGGGUCCCUGUUCCCCAUGCCCAGGGUCAUCUACGCCAUGGCGGGAGACGGCCUUCUAUUCAAGUUCCUGGCCAAUGUUUCGUCCUACACAGAGACCCCUGCUGUUGCCUGUGUGGUGUCCGGCUUUCUGGCUGCCCUGCUUUCCCUUCUCGUCAGUCUGAGAGACCUCAUAGAGAUGAUGUCCAUAGGAACCCUUCUGGCCUAUACCCUGGUCAGCCUCUGUGUGCUGCUGUUGCGUUACCAACCGGAAGGAGACAUCCACGGCUUUGUGAACUUCCUUUCAGAAGAGCAAAACAACAAGAGGAAAGAAGGUGUUCUGGCUGAGUGCGAAAAGGAUGCCUGUUCCCCAACCAGUGAAGUGGACGAGUAUGGUGGACCGGCCACUAACACCUGUGGAGCCAAAAACCUGCCUUCACUGGGCGACAACGAGAUGCUAAUAGGUAAACCAGAUAAAAAUGCCUACACUGCCAGCCACCCGAACUAUGGCACAGUGGAUAUGACCACUGGUAUUGAAGCAGAAGAAACAGAGGGUGGGGUGACCAGACGGUUGAAAAAACUCAUUGGACCACGCUACUACACCUUGAGGAUUCGAUUGGGCCUUCCUGGAAAGAUGGACAGGCCAACUGCAGCCACAGGGAAAACGGUUACAGUGUGUGUGCUGCUGCUCUUCAUCUCCAUCUUCGCCUUUUGCUCCUUCAUCAUUUUUGGAAUGGGCAGUAUAGCCGAAGGAAGCUGGUGGGCUUUGCUGAUAUUAAUCUUCUUCAUCAUUUUCCUUGCCCUGCUUAUCGUCAUCAUCCUCCAGCAGCCAGAGAACCCUAAGCGGCUGCCCUACAUGGCACCCUGUGUCCCAUUUGUACCUGCUUCAGCCAUGCUGGUCAACAUCUACCUCAUGCUCAAACUGUCUGCCAUCACCUGGAUACGCUUUUCAAUAUGGUGCCUCGUGGGUGUGCUUAUCUACUUUGGCUACGGCAUGUGGAAUAGCACGCUGGAGAUCACGGCCAGAGAGAACGAAGUGCACGCCUCCACCUACCAGCGCUACGAUCAAGGUGUGGAUGAAGGCUUCUGCGGCUUUGAUGACGAUUUCUACCCACCUACCACUGAGAACUGGGCCGCCCCAGAGGGGGGGUCGGGGCUCACACCACCCCCUGUGGCGAAACCCGAAAGCGACGGGACGCCCUCUAAAGGUGGAAGCAGGACCAUUGCCAAACACGGCCUCGCCGAGGAGGAUCCGAUGGAUUUCUGAUGGGACUGACUCUGUGUUAACCUGAAUGUACUGCCUUGUCUGCUGCCUGGGGGAAGGGAGGGGAUCAGUAGUGUGACUGUGAGUGUGUGUGUGUACGUGUGUGUGCAUGCCUGCAUGGGUGUGUGUUUAUUCGUUAAUUUGUCUAACCCUUGGGCUAGAUAGUUUCUUGGCAGUGGAAUGGUUUUACGUUGACCUCACUCUACCACGCUUGGCUGUUCGGCUUACACAGCUAAAGUGGACGUCAAGGCCAUGAGUGUCCCGUCACUCGUCACUUGUAAUUCACUUACUGGAGUCCACACACACAAAAUGAAAGGCCACAUAGAGAAGUGCAGACCUAGCAAGAGAUAAAAAAUAAUGUGUCACACUGCACUGUGAAACAUUGUGUUAAAAGCAAUCAGUUUACUGUUGAUUUCAAAGAAUUUACGGGAUACAGGAGAGGAGAAGGUGAUGAACGAGGGACAGAUGAUUCAACACUUUUCUUCCUGUUUUAAGACACACUGACAGGAAAGUUAGAUGAUAGUUAUGUCCUACGCACGUGUCUGACUUUCUCUGCUUGAUUUCGGGAAUCAGCUACACAUGCUGAACUUUCUUGAAAAA